AUGGACCCUGAUUACAAGGACACCCCGACAGAAGAGAAUUGGAAGCAAGUGGAGAUACUCUGCACUUACUUGAAACCCCUAUUCGACACGGCUAAUCUUCUGACGACAGCAGGUUCUCCAACAACGAACACCUUCUUUCAUGAAGCGUGGAAGAUUCAGUUGGAACUAGCGCCAGCAGCUUCCAGCGAAGAUCCAUUUGUUAGUACUCUGACAAAGUCUAUGCAAGAGAACUUUGACAAAUACUGGAAGAGCAGCUGUUUCAUUAUGGCGAUUGCUGUGGUUAUGGAUCCACGGUUCAAGCUGAAACUCGUGGAGUUCAGCUUCUCAAAAAUAUAUGGCGACGGUUCUGCCUUGUAUGAGAAGAAGGAUGACUGUAGCCGAAUAGAAAACUACAUCAGUCAAGAGAAGAAAACAGAGGAGUAA